GCUAGUCCCGCGGGGCCGUGCUAAAGGGCACACUGGGAUUAAAUUGACUCCUUUAAGUAUCUGACGAUAGCGAGCCUCUAGACGAGAGCCUGGUGCCUCGCCCAUGCUCGGAAACACUCCGGUGGAGGGGCCCAGACACCGAGCGGACACCGCCAUGUUGAGUCCUGCGAUUUAAAUAGAGUAGGCGGAGUCUGGCUAGGUCAUGCCCCCGCGGCGGCGCGAUGACGUCACAGAUCCGCGCUGGGAGGCGGCCGGAGCCACUGCCGCAGGACCUUCCUGGGCGGGCGCAGGCUGGAAUGAAGCACAUCAAUUUGUCGUUUGCAGCAUGUGGGUUUCUGGGCAUUUACCACUUGGGGGCAGCAUCGGCUUUUUGCACACAUGGUGCAAAGCUCCUGAACCGUGUUAAGGCCUUUGCUGGGGCAUCUGCAGGAUCCUUGGUUGCUUCUGUCUUGCUAACAGCACCAGAAAAAAUAGAGGAAUGUAACCAGUUUACGUAUAAGUUUGCUGAAGAAACGAGAAAGCAGUCUUUGGGUGCAGUGACGCCUGGCUAUGACUUCAUGGCCCGAUUGAGAAGCGGAAUGGAAUCGAUUCUUCCUUCCAACGCGCAUGAGCUGGCCCAGAAUCGACUGCACGUAUCCAUCACCAACACCAAAACCAGAGAAAAUUACUUGGUUUCCGAGUUUUCCUCCAGGGAAGACCUCAUUAAGGUUCUCCUAGCCAGCAGUUUCGUGCCCAUUUAUGCAGGGCUGACGCCUGUCGAAUACAAGGGGCAGAAGUGGGUGGACGGAGGCCUCACCAAUAGCCUGCCUAUCCUGCCGAUAGGCCGGACGGUGACCAUCUCCCCAUUCAGCGGACGACUGGACAUCUCCCCACAGGACAAAGGGCAGCUGGACCUGUAUGUGAAUAUCGCCAACCAGGAUAUAAUGUUGUCCGUGGCAAACCUGGUGAGGCUCAACCAUGCCCUGUUCCCGCCCAGCAAGAGGAAAAUGGAAUCCCUGUAUCAGUGUGGUUUUAAUGACGCCAUUAAGUUUUUACUUAAAGAAAAUUGGUUUGAAUAAAAUGCUUGGGUUUAUAAUGCAAAACUGGUUUCACACUGUCUCUCGUGGAGC